AGAGAGAGAGAGAGAGAGAGAGAAAGCAAAGAAAAAAAGAAAAGGAAUAGAAAGAUGGUCCAUCGAGCAAAGUCCCUAAAGGAUGAUCAUACUCUGUCGUAUUCCAGAGUGCACAUAUGUGUAUGCAUGACGUACGCUACAGUCAUAUACUCGAAAAAGAUGGAUCUUCUCUCCUAUCAGCUGAAUUAAAAGAUCUCGUCGAAGGUCUCCCCUUCGUAAAGAAAAGGAACGAGUUCUUUUAGUUUUGAACUCAGCGGCGAGAAGAAAGUUUCGAGGAGAAAAGUGUGAAAGUGUGCGUCGCGAUCGGAUCUGCCAUGAUAUAGGUCCGAACGCGUCUUCGCGGCGCCCGAAAAUAGUUGAGGAUCGUUAGAAAAAUGCGUGAAUACUGCUAUAAGGAGCGUUCUUUCGUGUAAAAGUCCGAAUUGCAGAAUGGUGGUAGAUUGUUUGUCGAUCCAAGGCUCAGCAGCUGCAGCACGGAAGCAGGAGCGAAGGCUAGGUGGAUCCGUAGGUGCAAAAAUGCAAUCAAAUGCCCUCAACAGCGGGAAUGGAGGUGGAGGUGGAAUGACACCGAAAGAGCUUUCAGACAACGAUGACCUAGCUACUUCCCUCGUACUAGAUCCAUAUUUAGGAUUUACCACUCACAAGAUGAAUAUAAGAUACCGACCACCCAAAGCAAAUAAAGAAGAUUUACGCAAAAUUAUUUGUGAAUUUAUCCAAACGCAAAAUUAUGAUAAGACUUAUAAAAAACUUAUGGGUGGAGAUUGGGGAGCAAGACUUCCUCACACUAAAUCUAAACAACAACAGAUUAAUUUGGAGAAACAUAUUUACAGGUAUUUGAGAGUUUUCGAUAAGGAUUCUGGAUUUGCCAUUGAACCGUGUUAUAGAUACAGUUUAGAAGGACAAAAAGGAGCUAAGAUAUGUGCUACUCGUAAGUGGUUAAAGCAUGAAAAAAUAUCUUGUCUCGUCGGUUGUAUUGCUGAACUUAGUGAAAAGGAAGAAGCUGCUCUUUUGCAUCCAGGGAAAAAUGAUUUCUCUGUGAUGUACAGUUGCAGAAAAAAUUGUGCUCAAUUGUGGCUAGGUCCUGCUGCAUAUAUAAACCACGAUUGUAGAGCCAAUUGCAAAUUUGUAGCUACCGGUCGAGAUACUGCGUGCGUCAAAGUACUACGAGAUAUCGAAAUAGGCGAAGAGAUAACUUGUUUCUAUGCAGAAGAUUUUUUUGGAGAUGGAAAUUGUUACUGCGAAUGUGAAACAUGUGAAAGAAGAGGAACCGGAGCAUUUGCCAGUCAGAAACCUGGAGAAGAACUUUCUUCCGGAUACCGCUUAAGAGAAACGGAUAACCGCAUUAAUAGAACAAAGCAUCGACAACAGCCAUUGGGUAGAAACAAACAACAAGCUGAUGGUGCUUUGACAGAAAAAAAUGCAGUCCUCGUUGACAACGCAGCUAUUGCUCCACAAUCUCUUAGUAUGAAAGAAUUACGGCGCAAAGGACUUACCAAGUAUGAUGCAGAACUUUUGAUUGCACAAGGCUGUAGAUUUUCAGAUAUCGCUCAGCAACAACCAUCGAUAAAUAAUGGAGAAAAUGUUUUGCAAACUUCUCGACCUCAUCCCUACACCAAUACUAAUUCUGUGACAAGAAAUCUUCGAAACAAAGUGCAACAUAACAAGUGCGAAAACAAUAGCAAUGAAAGAAAUGUAAAAACUAGUCAAAGAGCUUCCAGGCUUCAAAAGAGAACAGAGUCCAAAAGAUCAAAGAAUAAUGAAAAAAGUGAAUCUACCCGUUUGGAUGUAUCUAUAGAAAAAACUUCGGCAGCAUUAGAAUCAGAUGAUCACAAAGAAAAAUUAGAUAGAACAAUAGCAGAUAAAGAAACCGUAUAUUCAAGAGUGCCGAAACAUCAUGUUGUUCAUAAUACAUCAUCUUCGUCCCCGAAUUUUGAGCCUGAUCUUCGAGAUUCUAUUCACAAUGCGUCAAAGCAGUUGACUUCCUCUGCCUUUCAGAAAGAAUGUUCUAUUAGAUUAAUCGUUGGAAAUACAAGACACGCAAAUAACGAUAAUAUAGAAGAGAAAGGAAUACCUAAACUUGCGGUAGAAGUUGAUCGAGAUAUUUUAAGUAAUAUUGACACUUUCAGUUAUAAAAAAAGACAUUAUAGUACAAAUUCCUGUGAUUCAGUUCAAAUAAGUUCUACAUCCCUGCCUCAUGUCGAUCAUUUAAGUGCCACGAAUAAUCAUGAACCAGGUAUACAAAACACAAAUAAUACAUCUAACAGUUUUUGCUGCACUUUACCGAAUACGCAAAAUGUUAAUGAAGAAGGCAACCUCUGUGAAACACCUGAAAAAAUAUCUAAUAAUUGUAUUAAUAAGUUAACGAAAUGUUCCAAAUCAGUGUUAGUAGAUGACGUGAAAAACGAUAGUAAUGUUGUAUAUAAUGAAUUUUCUCAGGAGAUCAAUUGUUAUAAUUCACCGAUAUAUAGAAAAAUUCCCAAUAGAAUAUCUUCUAUGUCGUGUGAAAUUAGAUCUGAUGACGAGUGCCGCAAAAUGGAUACUGCAAGUAUAAUAAUAGUGGAUAAAUGUGAUAGGGUGAAAGAGAAGGUGGAAAAUAUUGUGAGUGAUCCAACGAAUACUUCUGUUACCGUUGGAUUUUGUGAACUUGAUACAGUUAAAGAUACUGCCAAUAUAAAGAGUGAAAGUGUUGAAAGUGUUCAAAUGUCUUGUAAUGCAAUUUUGGAUCAUACAAAUGAGCUUGAUCCAAAAGGCAAUAUGUAUUUUAAAAAUAUUCAAAGCAAAGUAGAUGUCAAACCUGAAGACUGUGAAAUACCUGAAGUCAGUACAACGGAUACUGAAUCUAAAAUUCUAACGGCUAAAGAAAUUAGCACAAACUUAAGUAGAAUUGAAGAAAAUGACUGCAAUGCGAGUGUUAACGAUACAAAUUCUGACGAUAGUUGUAGUUUUACACUGAAAAGAUCCACCCAUCAACAAAAGGAGAUAACGGAUGUGCCGCUAAAAUCGCGAAAGAAUCAGAAAAGUACAAAACGUUGUCCGAAAUCUCGAUUCAAUGAAAUCAUAACUGAUGUGCAAUGUCAUACAGAAAAUAGUGCGAAUGCAGUGGUAGCCAAGAACUGUGCUAAAACAGAAAAAGAAAAAAGUAGACUGACAAGAAGUCAAAGAAGGGAUCAGCAAAGACCACAGGCUUCUGAAAUUGGAGUAGCGGAUGAUGAUUCAGGCAUACAGGGUGAUAUAUAUGAAUUUAGCGAAAAAGAAAGUAACUUGGAGGAUAUUGGUAUACCAUCGAUAAUACGACGCGGUAAAUGCGAAAAUCGUCAUAUGUCCGGAGUUUCGUCGCAUCUUGAAGAAGUACAGUGUAAUAACGAAUAUAAUAAAACUGAUCCUCCGAUAUUGAUACCUGAAGAGCCAUGGCCCCCAUCUAGUAAUCUGAGUCAUUCCGCGGAAACGGAUAUCAGUAGUCAAUCGAGAGAAAACUCUGUCGAUGUUGGUGAAAGUUUGAAAAGAUUGACCGUUUGCAACAAUGGUAGUAUAGAAAAAAGACCAACGUUAUCGGAGUAUCAAUGGCAGACUGACAAUAGUAAUUGUCGAGUUUGCCCCACAACUCCUGAAAGAACUGGUGGCAGAUUAAAGCUCACAUUACGUAUGAAACGUUCUCCAGUUUUAGAUGACAUAGUAGAAUCAGGUACUAGUCUGAGCGAAGACAGUUAUGAACCUGAAUAUGAAGUAUUACGCGUGGAAGGAGUUGAAAGAAGUAAACGUCGGAAGAAACAUAAAACUCGGGAUCGAGAAAGACGGCAUAAGAAACGUGAAUUAAAUCUUGAUCCGCCUCCACCACCUAUGAAAAGAUUGAGAUUAAUUUUUGGAAAUGAAACACACACUAUUGAUCUGCCACAUUCUUAACAGCUAUAAAAUUCACUGUGUAUACAUUCUCAUUGAUUAUAACAGACUAUUAUUAUCAUUAUAAUUUACGCACUAUCGAGAAUUUAAGCCUCCUUGUCCUUUAAGAUUUUAUAGCUAUUGUUUAUGAUUCAUUAUUAACAAAAAAAAACAUGACCUAUUAGAUUUUUCUAUUUUCUUUAGUUCUCUUCAAUUCCUAAUUUAUUUCUUGUUCAUUUCAAUUAAAAUGUACUUAUAUUCCUGUAACAACGAAUAGCUAAAGGCCUAGUAACGUUCUUCAAAUAUGCUUAUAAAUUGAACAGAAUAUGUCAUUUUUAUAUGAACAUAAGAAUAUCAUCCAUAAGUUCCUUAUGUAAAACUAAAAUUGGCAAAUGAUAUCAGAUUGGAAGAUUAGUCCAUAAUAUAGAAAUAUUUAUGCAAAAUAGUUUCAUAUAAUUAUAUCAAAAUGACUUGCUCAGUCAUUUUAUUUAGUCAUUCGUAAUCUAAAUAAGACACAAACAUUUUUUUCUACUUAUAUUGUGUUUAUUAGUAAAUGAAAUAUUAAUAGAUAAUUAUCCGAAAAAUUUAA